AUGCAGGUGGCGCAGCGCCAGCUGGAGUCCAGCGACGCGGCCAUCGCCGGCGUGCAGCGCAAGAUGCAGGACGACGUGCUGCAGCUCGAGUUCGAGGAGCGCACCGCCAGGCGGCAGCUCAUGACCGAGGCGAGGGCCAAGGUGCAGAGCGGGCUGCGCGCCGCCGAGGUGGCGCUCCAGCAGCGCCGCGACAGGUUGCGUGACAUGCUGCAAAAGGAGGACUCGGCGCUGACCGCAGAGUGUGUGGACCGCAUGCUGCGAGCUGACGGGGACAAGCUGGAGCAGAUGCGCGCACGGGUCGCCCAGGACCGCGCGCGGCGCGACGCGGAGGCGCGCCAGCUGGCGGAGGCGAAGCGGCUGCAGCAGUACCGGCUGCGCGUGGACGAGCUGCGGGGGCACCGGUCGCGGCUGCUGGCGCAGGAGGCGGUCAAGGGGCAGCUGUGCCAGAUAGAGGAGCGCCAGCGGCUGCGACAGCUCGAGAGGGACGAGGCGCGCUUCUGGGACGAGGUCAUGCGCAAGGAGGUCCAGGCCAAGAUGGCUCGGGAAGAGCAGGACGCGCGUGAGAAGGCGGACCGCGACCGGGAGAUGCGGGAGACGCUGGACAAGCAGGUGGCCGGGCUGGCCAGGCAGCGCGAGGAGGAGCAGCGGCUGCGCCAGGAGCAGAUGCGCCACAACGAGCACGUGCUGCGGCAGCUGAAGCUGGAGCAGCAGGGCCUGGCGGAGGAGCUGGAGAAGCGGCGCGCGCAGCUGGCGGCCGAGCUGCAGGAGCAGAUCGCCGUCAGGCACCGCUUCCUGGACGAAGCGAAGCGGCAGGAGGACGUCGUGGACCAGACGUUCGCCCGGCUGACGGAGGAGGCCCUCCGCAGGGAGAAGGCGCAGCAGCUCGACCUCUCGGCGUCGCUGCGUCGUGAGCAACAGCUGUUCCGUGAGAACCUGGAGGAGAUGCGCAGGAAGAAGAUGGAGGAGGAGCGCGAGCUGGACCGCCUGCUGGCCGAGGAGCAGGAGAAGCUGCGAGUGCGGCAGGACACGAUGCGCGCCAAGGCGAGGGCGGCCAGGGAGCAGCUCAUGGAGGGGGUGCUGAGCGAGAGGGCGCAGCAGCUGGAGCAUCGGCAGCGCCAGCGACAGCUGGAGGCGGAGCAGCAGCGCGCAGAGCGGGAGCUGGCGGAGCAGCUGCGGCGCGGCCACGAGGCCCUCACCUUGGAGCACCAGCGCCGGCGCGAGGCGGAGCGUGCGGAGGUGGAGCGGCAGUGGCAGCAGGGCCUCCUGGAGGAGGAGGCGUACCUGCGGAAGGUGCAGGAGCUGCUGGCGCUGGGCACCGCCGAGGCCGACUACCCGAACCACCCCUUCCUGUCCGUCAUAGAGGGGCAGGCGCUGGCGCAACCACCAGGCGCCGGAGACCAGCAGUCCGAGGUCGGAGCCGAGGAGUCCGUGGGCGGCCGGGAGGCGGCUGCAAGCGAGCGGGCUGCGGGUGACCAGCCGGAACAACAACAACAACAACAACAGCAACCACCGAAACAACGGAAGGAGGCGGAAGGGGAGGAGCGCCAGCCCGACUGGGAUCCGCGGGUGUGCCACUGCCACGACGGCAGCUGA